GCGCCUCAUAAUCCCCACAUGCACCCCAAGUCACCACCGCUUCCCUCUCUAACCAUCUGAUUACACAGAGCACCAUGGCACCGACCGGUGCAUUGCAUACGCUGGUAGUCAGGAAUGCGAAAGCAUUCAAGGCUGCCUGGCGUCAUGCUGCGAAGCUCAUCCAGAACCAGCUGCCUGCUGGCUCACGUCCAACACAGGCACAGCUCCAGCCGCUCCUCGUUCGAAAUGCCCCCACACAUCCUAUCCAUCGCAUUGCGUAUUUGAAGCAAAGCAAAGGUCGUUGGUACACCACCCACAGCAGUAUCUCCGCUGCUGUACGACGGUUCACUUCCUCGGCGUCUCGAUCCUCUGGCGUCAAGUUUGAUAAAUCGUCUUUCCCGAAGUCGCGCAUCGGUGGCAUAGUCAACGCGCAAGCCGGCCGCGCGCCAUUUGCCUCGACCUUGCGACCGAACCUCACCGGAGGCACCUUGGGCCGCACAGCUGGAGGCUACGGGUGGGGAUCCGGCCACGCUGGAGGUGCGAGAUACUUCUCCCACGGUCCUGCUUCACCCGCCCAAGUUAUCAGCAACGUGUCUCAAGCUGUUCGAGCAUUCUUGAUCUCUGGGCAGAAAGCGCAGUUCGACGGCAUCGACCCUAACCGUGGCGAGAAGCGCUUCAAGGCCGUCACUGCUCUACAGGAUCAGGUCAACCGCACCCUCAACAAGGUACCCAAGGCCACUCCUGGCUCUUACAUCAGCUUCAACGUCAACCCUACCGUUACCGCUCUCACCCCCUUGAAGGCGGUCAAAGGUUUCGCUGCGUCGCAAGAGAAGAACUCGCUGAAGAGCGAGGGUCUUUUGGACGUCCUCUCCGUUGACUUCACUCGUGCAGUCAAGGAGCUCGCUGUGGUUCUCAAAGACCUGCAGCGACUAUCAGAUCUCGGUGAUCUACCUAUCACCUACGAGAAUUCGACACUGAAAGUUCAUUUCCCCGGAUGCGAUCGCGACACAGUCGAGACUAUCUGCAGCGACUUCGAGAUCCAGAGGGGAGUUGUCUACCAAGACGCGGAAUUCGAUGACUUCGUUGGUACUGAGAUCGCCCUUCUCUUCCCGUUUGCUUCUAGCAGAACGCCAUCGGAGUGUUCAUUCUAUGAUAAGCCAGUCUCUUCCCGCCAACACGUCCCGGUCAUCGAUUGGGAGCAGAUGCUCUCGCCCUCUGUCAGUUCCGAAGCAUACUCGAUACAUUCGGAAGAUGGCUUUGACGAGUGCCUCGACGUUGAAGAAGUCAUUACGAAUCCUUGGCUGUCGUCUUCAUCCGCUUCUGGAUAUGAGUCAUUGCGCGCGAGUGAGGUGGAGGAGGUGAACUCCAAUGCACCACUAGAGUAUCAAGGCAUCGAAGGCAUGUAUAAAUUCUUGUCACAUUGUCAGACCAGUGUGCGAUAGUCUCGAGAUGAAGGGCGUUUUUAGUUGUUGGAUGAUACCAUAUGGUUUUAAAUUGGUAACGAAUUGUUGCUUAUAGUAUCUCAAUUGUCCUCAGAUCCGUGUUUAGUACAGUUCG